AUCAGAGAUGGGACCCUGAUCAGAGAUUUUAGAGAGAGAAACGAGAAUCAACUCUCACUCUUGAAUCACAAAGCCACCGUCUUCGGCUGAGUUGACUGAGUUCCCUCAUCAUGCGCAUUCUACAAAGUUUGCUAUUUACUCGUCUCCCUACAAAUCCAACCAGAAAACUAAUUUCAACACCAUUGAAGAGCAUUGGGCUUUCAUUUCCGUUCUCAUCCAAGCCUGAUAAAGAGCCUGGAUUGACUACUAAUUUUGGAGAUUUGAAGUCCUCUGAAGGAAUUGGUUGGGAAAGCGGGUCAUCUUGGUCUAUUGGCUUAACGAAGGAGCAUUUUGAUGGGGAGGUUGUGGGGAAACAAUUACAGACAAACACUUCACACUCGGGAGCUGCCAGAAUGACAGAAGAAGAAAUAGCUACACUGAACCGUCUUGAGGAGGAUGUUCGCAAGUCAGAGGUGUUUGUGAAGGGGUGGGAUGGAAGGAUGAGAGACAUUGCUACGAUGAUGAUGAAGCAGGUUAUGGAACCAGGGGCGAGGGGAUCAUAUUUGAAAGAUUCCGAAAUGUACAAGGCGAAUCCUGAGCUAUACACUAUUGAGAAGCUGGCCAAAGAGUACAGGAUCAUGAGGCAGAGGGUGCAUGCAAUUUUGAUGGCACCCUUGAGUCCUUGAUUGAUAACAACCCAGAAUUUUACAAUUCCCAUGAUAGAGAAUUAAUUCCAUGUGGCAACCCUGUGUUACAAGCCAGAGGUUCAACUUUAACAAGAUGAAGUUUGAGAAGAAAGUGAAGUGCCACAA